AUGGCGUUUGGGAUCUACACGCCAUCAAAACUCACAUUCCAAGACUAUGUCAAAAUCUCCCAGUGCGCAAGAACACUAGCAGAUGGCUAUGACAGAAAAGACAAGGCGAGAAUGCGCGCCUCUCUAGCACCCAAUGUAAUCGUCGACUACACAGGAGUUGUGCCAUCUUGGGGUCUGAUGAAGUUUAGCGCCGACGACUUCGUAACAGAAUGGCUAGGACCGACGCAUUUAGGAGUGAGAGCUCUUGCGACACAGCAUCUUCUUGGGGCGCCGUACUUCAAAUCUGUGACAGACGACGAGAUUGUAGUUGAGUGGCAGCAGUUGGCUAGCCACGGACGCAGAAUCGCAGGUGAAGACUUCGCCAGCCCUUUGUGUAAGAUUGGAGAGUCAUCGGACGGGAGGAGUUGGAUGCAGCAAACGUAUGUGAAGAUUGAAGGGGACUGGCGUAUUAAAGUUAUCCGGCCAGAAGUGAUAUAUCACACUGGAGACUUCAAGGAGGUUGGAAGACAAGACGAAGACACGAUUUGA